CUUUGAAGUUGAAACAUUUCGCUAAACUUAUUUAUAAACUGCACUCACCUGUUCAAAACUCAUUACUUGUGCAAUCGGAAUAAACAAUGAUCGAACACUUGGCCCGGUUUCGGAGGCAUACCUGUGCGCUUAUCACCGUUGCAUGCGUGAGUGUGAUUCUACUGUUUACCUGCUAUCAACGUACAACGAGCAUUCGAUAUGCCAGUAUACCAAAGCACCCGCCGGAUGACAUCAGUGUUCCCAUCGUAGCGGACACUGGCGGAUCGGCACCGUAUGAAUAUCCCGGUUACGAGAUAAAUCCAAAACUACCUGUGCCUCCAGGCGAUAUGGGUAAAGCGGUUGAGCUACCAGCAGAUUUACCGCAGUCAGCUAAAGAUCUAGCCGAUCAAGAGUUUAAAACAUUCGCCCUGAAUCAGUUCGCUAGCGAUCUAGUUUCGGUUCGACGACGACUGCCUGACUACCGGGACGAUUGGUGUAAGGAACCUGGUCGUUUUCUGGCCCACUUACCUCAAACGACGGUGGUGAUCGUGUUCUACAACGAGCCAUGGUCGGUUCUGGUACGGACGGUUCAUUCCGUGCUGGAUAGGUCUCCGCCACAGUUGCUACGGGAAGUGCUUCUGGUUGAUGAUUUUUCCUACAUGCCUCACACAAAAACUCAACUGGAUGAUUAUUUCGCCAGUUUCCCAAAAGUGCGUAUCAUGCGAGCCCCGGAACGACUUGGUCUGAUUAAGGCUCGCCUACUGGGAGCGAAAAAUGCAACGUCCGAGAUUCUCACUUUCCUCGAUGCUCACUGUGAGUGCAUAUUUGGAUGGCUUGAAGCUCAGCUGGACCGGGUAGCACGGAACCCAACCACGAUUGCACUCCCGGCCAUCGACUGGAUCGAUGAGCACAACAUGGGUUACAUUUCGGACAAAGCCCUAUCCUACUACGGAGCUACCGAUUGGGGCUUUCAGUUUGCCUGGCGAGGUCGAUGGGAUAGAAAGGUGCAAUCGGCCAACCGAUUGGAGCCCUUCGAAACACCGAUUAUGGCAGGUGGACUUUUCUCCAUCAACCGGACGUUUUUCGCACAUCUUGGGUGGUACGACGAAGAUUUCGGCAUCUAUGGAGGGGAAAAUGUCGAAUUGUCGCUCAAGGCGUGGAUGUGUGGUGGUCGGUUGGAAACUGUGCCUUGUUCGAGAGUUGGUCACAUUCAAAAAGCCGGUCAUCCCUACCUGCGGGGACUAAAAACCGACUGGGUACGGGUUAAUACGGUUCGCGUAGCAGAGGUCUGGCUGGAUCAGUACGCUCAGGUUGUUUACGACAUGUUUGGGGGACCGCAGUUUCGGGGAGACUUUGGCGAUGUUUCGGCAAGGAAGAAACUUCGCGACAGUCUUAGCUGCAGGCCGUUUAAGUGGUACUUGGAGAACGUGUUUCCGGAGUUGGAAGAUCCUGGUGGUCGUGGAGUAGGACACGGGAAGUUUACAAAUGUUGCAACUGGCGCCAAUUUUUGCCUACAGUUCCCCCGUUCAAAUCGCAGUCCGGGUAUGAAAAUGUGCAAAGACGAUCCUCACCAGCACUGGGUUUACAACAUGCUGGGAGAAAUCAGCACCAACAAUACCUGCCUAGACUACACGGGAAGCUCUCUAUACAUGUACGGAUGCCACAAGGGCAAAGGCAAUCAAGAGUGGAGGUAUUCGAAGGCCAGCAAACAGUUCACCCACGUGAAGCACAACAAAUGUCUGGCCGUAAGUGUGGAUGGCAGAAAAGACCUUGUAAUCGAGAGUUGCGAUCCGCAAAAAGAAUCCCAACGGUGGGAGUUUCCAUUCCUGAAUCUGGAUUAAA